UACCUCGCCUGGUACACAGGAGGUCGUGGGUUCGUUUGCGUGUCUCUCUCUCAUCAUCAUUGUAACCGUAGCUGAAACGGGUCAGGUCGGCGUGGUAUCUGACCCGGGUCAGGUCGGUGUGGAAUCUGACCCGGGUCAGCUUGGCCUGGUGUCUGACCCAGGUCAGGUCAGCUCGGCAUGGUAUCUGACCCGGGUCAGGUCGGUGUGGAAUCUGACCCGGGUCAGCUUGGCCUGGUAUCUGACCCGGGUCAGCUCGGCACGGUAUCUGACCCGGGUCAGCUCGGCACGGUAUCUGACCCGGGUCAGCUCGGCACGGUAUCUGACCCGGGUCAGCUCGGCACGGUAUCUGACCCGCGUCAGCUCGGCGUGGUAUCUGACCCGGGUCAGCUCGGCACGGUAUCUGACCCGGGUCAGCUCGGCACGGUAUCUGACCCGGGUCAGCUCGGCACGGUAUCUGACCCGCGUCAGCUCGGCGUGGUAGCUGACCCGGGUCAGCUCGGCACGGUAUCUGACCCGGGUCAGCUCGGCACGGUAUCUGACCCGGGUCAGCUCGGCACGGUAUGUGAGCACCAUCCACCUUGAGACUCAACGUCACGCAGCUUUGAGUUAUUUCGGCUGCUGAUAAAAAUGUCCAGUUAAUGGUGGUGCUGAUGAUGAUGAUGAUAAGUCACCCGACUUCGUUGAGCUAUCAUUUGCGAUAAGACGGGUCGCUUCUGACAAUAAAAAAAGAGAGAGAGAGAGACACAUCUGCUCAGUAGGGGGACUUAACAUGGGUAGAAAAUAAAUUAAAAUAUAAUAAAAAAAAGAGAUAUUCUUUAAUGAACCCACGUGGCAGUCGGCGCCUUGUGCCCCGCGCGUGCUAAUUACGAGAUGCUUUUGAAUAUUUUAAUAGCCGCACAACUUAGAGGGAACUCUCUUGAAGACGCGACACCAAUCAAUCAACGACGCCUGUAAUUAGGCCCGUGCGGACGACGCAGAGACAAAGGCACCCCCGUUAUAGCCUUCCACGGAUCAUUGGGGCAAGUGCUCUCUAAGCUCGUUAAACCGAAACUAAUCAAAUUUUGUUUUCUUCUUGUUAGCAGGCAAGACCACACCGAGCUACGUAGCUUUUUUUUCAGAAGCGACCUCGCAAAUCGCGAAUGAUCGCUCGACGAAUUGGCCCAUCAGCAUCAUCAUCAUCAUCAUCGCGUGUGAAUGUAUAGCAGCAACCAAAUCCUCUACCGAACGCGUGAUGCUGAUUCUCAAUGUGCAGGGGGGAGAAAAAAUAAAAACCAAAAUGACCCGGAGAUAAAUAACCCGCGGAUACGGAGAAAAUAAUAAUAAUAAUACAGCAGCAGCAGCAGCUGGCGUCGUGAGGGUUGGGAUCGAACCCACGACCUCCUGUAUACCAAGCGAGGUAGUUAACAUCUCAUAGACACCGUGAU